CAUGCACACACACACUCUGCCUCUCUCUGUACUGCCUACAUGCUGUAUGUGUGUGUCAGUUUCUGCAUGUUCUGCUUGCUUUACGUUCUUGCGUGCUCACACUAACUGGAUUUCUGAAAUGUGUGGACACAGAUAACAGCCAUCAUCUUGCAUGACUUUCUCGAUUUAUAUAUUUUAGUUAUCAGUGAUUAUGUCUAUGACCUGGCAGAUUUUGCUCUCAUGGCAUCUCUAGUCAUAUUGCUGUUUGCUGGAUUUAAGUAGCCCACUUGGAUACAGAAGCAGAUCAAUAGAAACAGCUCUGCAGUAGUUGCUGCACCCUAAGUCUUCAGUAGACAGAUAUGUGAUAGCAGUGCCAUGUUUCCACAUGUCUGGUGUAUGCGGUACUGAGGAUGCAGGGAGGAAGGGGCAUGUGGAGCCCAGAGAAAAAGCUUUUAUCUCACCUGGUCUGCACUGAGUAAAUCAUCUUUCAUCCUCUACUGCAGCAUCCAUUGUCUGUAACCGGUAGGAUGGUGGCAGUGGAAGUAAGUGGGCACAGCUACCUGGUGGCGUGCUGGCAGCCCAUCCUAAUCCUAAUGCUUGCCACUGUGCUGUCUGGCUCUACCACCGGCUGUCCAUCCCGCUGCGAGUGCAAUGCCCAGGAGCGUGCUGUUGUGUGCCACCGCAAAAAGUUGAUGUCAAUUCCUGAGGGUAUUCCAUCUGAGACAAGAUUCCUAGAUCUCAGUAAGAACCGCAUAAAAACAAUUAACCCAGAGGAGUUCUCUGGGUUUCCCAACUUGGAGGAACUGGAGUUGAAUGAAAACACCAUAUCUACCAUUGAACCUGGGGCCUUUAACAACCUGUAUGGCCUUCGGACUCUUGGGCUCCGCAGCAACAAACUUAAACUUAUUCAGCUGGGUGUAUUCACGGGCCUCAGUAACCUUACCAAGCUUGACAUCAGUGAGAAUAAAAUAGUUAUCCUGCUAGACUACAUGUUCCAGGAUCUCUACAAUCUACGCUCUCUGGAAGUGGGUGACAAUGACCUGGUGUUUAUAUCCCACCGAGCAUUCCAUGGCCUCAACAGCCUGGAACAUCUGACACUGGAAAAGUGCAACCUGACCUCUGUUCCCACAGAGGCUUUUACUCAUUUGCACAGCCUCAACACUUUGUGUCUGCGCAACCUCAACAUUAACAGCAUCAGAGAUUAUUCCUUCAAACGCCUCUCCCGUCUCAAAGUUCUGGAGAUUGCUAAUUGGCCAUAUCUGGACACGAUGACUACUAACUGCUUGUACGGUUUGAAUCUUACAUCCUUAUCAAUCACCAAUGCCAAUUUAACUUCGAUCCCAUAUGUGGCACUCCGGCACCUGGUUUACCUACGAUUCUUAAAUAUGUCUUACAACCCCAUUGUAGUCAUUGAAGGGAACAAGCUCCAUGACUUGCUCAGACUGCAAGAGUUUCACUUGGUUGGUGGCAGACUGGCUAUAAUAGAGCCAUACUCAUUUAGAGGACUCAACUAUCUAAAGAUACUGAAUGUGUCAGGGAAUGCUCUAACAACCUUGGAAGAAUCAGUUUUCCACUCAGUGGGGAACCUGGAGACACUGGUGCUAUAUGACAACCCUCUGGCAUGUGACUGUAGGCUUCUCUGGGUGUUCCGUCGCAGAUGGAGACUGAAUUUCAACCGCCAGCAACCCACAUGCGCCUCACCCGAGUUCGUCCAGGGUAAAGAGUUCAAAGAUUUCCCUGACAUCUUACAGCCUAAUUACUUCACAUGUCGCAAAUCAAGAAUCCGUGACCGCAAACCACAGCAGGUGUAUGUGGAUGAGGGAACUACUGUGCAUUUUGCAUGCCAGGCAGAUGGAGAUCCAGCCCCAGUUAUCAUGUGGCUUUCCCCUCAAAAACAGUUAAUUACCCCAAAAACAAUAGGAAGACUUACCAUGUUUCCUGAUGGUACUUUAGAGGUGCGCUACGCUCAGAUCCAAGACAAUGGGACAUACGUAUGUAUUGCAAGUAAUGCAGGUGGAAAUGACACUGCUCUCGCUCACCUUCAUGUCCACAGCUACUCUCCUGACUGGCCCAACCAGCUCAACAAAACCUUUGCUUUCAUUUCUAACCAGCCCAGUGACAGCGGAGCGAAUGGGACCAAAGCUACUGUUCCUUUCCCCUUUGACAUUAAGACUCUUAUCAUUGCCACCACCAUGGGAUUCAUCUCGUUCCUUGGUGUGGUAUUAUUCUGUUUGGUACUGCUGUUUCUGUGGAGCAGGGGUAAAGGUAACACCAAACACAACAUCGAGAUCGAGUAUGUACCACGUAAAUCAGAUGCAGGACUAAGCAGUGGUACUGCGGAUGCACCCCGCAAAUUUAAUAUGAAAAUGAUUUAAUCCAUGCAAGGAAUCUUAAAGUCAUGGAAAAAAACAAAUGAGUAAAAUAUGAAACCCAUCCUGAUUAACCAGUGGAUCCUGCAACUUUCUUAUAGAGGAAGUGUUUAUGAUGUUGUGUGUUUGUUGUUGAAAAGGGAAGGGAAAAAUACUGAUGACUUUUUAUGCUUGGCCUUCAGGGACCAUUUCUUGAAAGACAAUUUUCUUGUAAAACAUUCAACUGGAAUUUUAUGGGCAAAAAGGAAAAGACUAAUGAACCCUUCUCAAUGUUCGUGUGAACCACCAAAACACAAAAGACCAUUGUCCUCCUUUGCUGUCCUUUUGCCUGCAUUAUGUGUUAUUGUAUGAUUUAUUUUUAAGAUUCAAACUGAGAAAGUUUUAUUAUACAGCAGCAGCAGACAUUUUUGGGUUGAAAAGCACAUUAACUAAUUCAAUGCUAUGCUGAAUAUAUCAUUUGUUUCAGAUGAUCACUGCCACACUCCUUGAAUACUGUUGGUAUCCAAGUCAAACACUGCACUACAAAUCACAUACACUGUACAGAGCAUUUCUAAGACAAGAGUGUCUUGAAAAACAUUUUAGGUUCAGUUGAGAAUUUCAUUUGGUUUUUCAUUUUUUUUUAUUUAUAUUUAUGUAUAGAGACACAAGAAGACUAUUUGGAAAACACAGUUAUUUAUCUUGGUAGAAUAGAGAAUAAAGAAUGAAAUCUUUAACCCAUUGAUAAGUUCUACAACCUUAAACUAAUUGAAAUUUAAAAUUUUGACACAGCAUGGUUCCCUUCAAGGUAACAUUCAUCUCUCACAUGGCUGUAUUCAGCACCUUCAGUCUUUACGGAUGCCAUAUGUGUUGGUUUCUUUUCAGUUCUGUGAGACCUGGGCUAUACUUCGGUUAAUUAAAAAAUGUGAAAAUUGAAGUUAAAAUCAAAACGUGUAGAUUUAACAGACAGUAUAAAAGAGGUAUUCAGUGGCAAAGGUUUUGCAGCUUUCCUUUAAACCUCAUUGAAAUACUGCAAGUGGUCCUCCGUCACAGGCUAUAAAAGCCAAUAUAUGAGGCUCCAAUAUGCAAAUGGUUGCCCUGCAAAUUACAAAGAAGUGCAUGAAUUACUGGAGAGUAUACCUUUCAUCAACAGUAUACAGGAAGCUGGUACAGAAGUGGUUAAACUUGGUAACACUUUAUUUGUAGGGUCCAUACAUGGGGCAUUUAUAACACAUUCAGCAUAAACCAUAAUAAAGAAUUUUUAUGAUAAAAGUCGAAUAAAAACAUCGAUUUCAACUUUAAGGUAACUGAAGUUUUAUGUGAUCGUAAAUGAAACAGAGAAGAGAGAAAAAACAACUAGCAUUAUUUUUGCAAACAGCACAUUCAUGACAGGUAUAAAAGUCACACUAACAAUGCUUAUAGUAUGUUAUUAAUGAGAAUUUGAUUACUACUUGACAUAAAAUCAUUUUGCUGCUGUAUGGGAUUUGUAAAUCAGCGAAGUUGCAGAGUCCCUAAAGGGACAUGGUAAUGGAAAAAAUAUGAGAUUUGAGGAAAAUUUCUGUCAAUGCUUUGCUGUUUACUCGCAAAACUUUGGCGUUCCCCAGAGAAAAUUUUGUUUCUUCGCAAUUUUUGUGUUCUUCGAUCACAGUUUUUUUGAGCAUUUGCGUCCUGUCAUCAUCGAAUUUGUAUUUCAUUUCUUACUGGCUGCAGGACUGCAGUUAAACCUGUCACUCCUCCUGAAAGCAGGAUUAAUGUAGUCACACAUAAGGAGGCAUUUAAUUGAGGACAGCUUUAAUGAUUUUUGGUAGACAGUGAUAGGCUUCUGUAAAAGGUUCAUUCUUAAUCUACACAUAACUGAAAAACACAGAAGCAGUAGGAGUUUAGCAGGUAAAUCUGUUUGUACUUGCAGAGAUAAGAAGAAAGGCACUUUAACCAAAAGUCUCACAUCUGCCUUCUUUUAUGCUAAUUGCACACUGUAGCUCAGCUCUAGCUGAAUGCUAUAGCUAGCCACUAGCUACCAUUUGUUGUUGACUAGUAGCACUUAAAUAGUGGCUAAUGUUGAUACAGUUCAUUUAUAAAAAAGUCAAUAGCUAGGAUACUUAUACAGUAAAAUGUACACGAUGAGAAGAAAACGUUUAAUAAGGUUACAGUAUGUUGUUUCAGUUUGUCUUAGAAAAGUAUCUGCUGCUUUCAUGCUACCGUCACAGUUGUGGCUUGUCAUGUUGGAGAGAAAUAUUUUACUCUAAGAUUCAUGCUUUCAUGUGGUCACAGUCUUGCUGACUAGCUAAGCUAACAGACCGAUAUGUGGAAUAUGUAAGUGACUAAGUAAACCCUAGCACAUCUGUGAUGAGCUGUAGAUGAGCCAUUUAUUACAUUCUAAAAUGACUUUUUACUUCUCCCUUGGCUUAUUUUACCCUUAUUCAUCCUAAUUUCAUUGAAUUGAUCUACAAAAAUAUGCAGUAAUGGGUGAGACUACCAAAAGAAAUAUAUUUCUACACAGACCAACCCUGGCAGCUCGGCUUCAGUGAAAUUUCUUUUCCUACUGUCCGUCUUUGGUAAUAGUAGCCUACUGAAUACUUUUCUAAGACACGGACUACAGCUGAGGAACUAAUACAUUAAAUAACAAACAAACGAAUACGUUAAAUAGUUGAAAAUACAUUUUAAAAAUAGUAUUUGAACCUUUAAAUGAAACCUACAAAAUCCUAACCUAUAAAUCAUGCUUAAUUUUAGGGAAAGUGAGCAAAAAAACAGGGUUCAUAUGAAUAUUAAGGGUUUGUUUUUAUACAGAAAUUAAGAAUGUAAUGCGUAUUCUGAUCCAUAUGGUGUGGAACAGAAUGUGGAUCUAACAAAAUUCAAGGAGCUUAAGGGAGACAUUUUUGUAUUAUUAUAUAAUCACAGUUAUAUGAUUCAUUUCUACAGCAUUGUCCUUGGAUAUAUAUAUAUAUAUAUAUAUAUAUAUAUAUAUAUAUAUAUAUAUAUAUAUUUUAACCAGCAGGUCUUACAAAAGUUGCUGUAUAUUGUAUGUUAGCGCUUGAAGUUACAGAUAGAGACCGGUUCUAUUUUGGCAUUGGUUAAUGCCAUUUUAUGUUUACAUAACAAGACAUCUCCUGGUUCCUAUUUUUGGAUCAAAAGCUUUACAAUUUCAUCAUUGUAGCAGGAAAGUUCCUGAAUGAGUGCGUAUGGAUAAGCAUUAGUUUUUAUAAAAGUUAAUGUGCUUGACAACCCUGAUGUUCAUGUUGCCUGUAAUUAUUGCUGCAGUCUUAUGAUCCAAAACCGACAGAUUGGUUUAAAAGAAAUGUUUCAAUUUAAAUUGAUCACUAUUUGAAUAAACAUUCCCAAAACAAUCCCAAACAACGUUUUUCAUAUGACUUGUAAAAAUGAAAUAGUGUUCCUUGAUAAUAUGAGUUGCACAAGCAUUUAAAGAGCGGAUAAUGAAUUAUACUGGUUGUGAUUUUGGCUUUGCAGGAGAGUAUAUGUAUGUGAUGUUCUUACCUUAGUGAAAGUCUUUUAAUGUGGUUGUUGGAGCUUUGUGGAUGUGAAGGGGAUAAAGCAGGAUUGAGUGCUUAGACAAAGUGGGUUAAAUACCAGAGCAAUUAUUUUGUUGCUCUUAUGCUGAUGGGAUGCACAGAUGAUAGAGGAGCACAGAUGGUUUCACUAGAUAAAUUUAAAAGAAAAUUCUACUCACAUACAGGAGUGAGAUAUGCUCAGAUAUUUUCCCAUGCCAUUUGUUUAUGCUUUUUUUUAUGUUUCAAACCUACUGUGCUCAUCUUGUGCAAAUUCCCCUUCUGAAAAUACCAAGAAAAUGCUAUUUACUCAUUUCUUUUUACCUACAUACCAAGAUGUUAAAUAAUGUGGUCCAAAACAUUCUUUUAUAUCGGGGGUAAAAGACAAAAAAAAACAAAUAUGAAAAAAAAAUGUUCAGAUUGUUUUGUGCAAUAAAAGGUAAUAUGCAGUUUUUUAAUUAACAGUUUUAUUGAUGUUGAAUUGUUGAAAAUAUGGUAUGUUGUAUUAAAAAAUCUAUGGAGUUUUUAUAAAAAAUAAUCAAAAAGCCUAUC